AUGAGUGCGUUGGACAAGAUAGUGGUUGGCGAACUCUACGACGCUAAUUUUGACCCAGACAUUGUCGAAUUGCGCAAACAGGCUAAAAUAAAGUUACAUGAAUUCAAUAACUUAAGCCCUGCGGAAGAUAUCAAGAAAGAACAGCUAAUCAGAGGCCUAUUGGGAAGCUGUGGGGAGAAUCUUGUAGUCGAAUCUCCCUUCUACUGCGAUUACGGCAAAAACAUACACAUUGGUGACAACGUUGCGAUUAAUCACAAUCUGGUUAUUCUGGACGGUGCAGAAGUCCACAUCGGAAACGAUGUUUUUAUAGCUCCCAAUGUUGGUUUGUACACUGCGGGCCACCCAAUAGAUACAUUAAGACGUGAAAAAGGGCUUGAGUAUGCCAUGCCUAUAACUAUUGAGAAUAAUGUGUGGAUUGGAGCGGGCGUUUCUAUUAUUCCCGGAGUGACUGUUGGGAGAGGUUCCGUUUUAGCUGCAGGAAGUGUGGUGAUAAGAGAUAUCCCUGCGAUGGUUGUAGCAGGCGGCAAUCCUUGUAAGAUUAUUCGGGAGAUAACCGCCGAGGACAAAAACACUACAAACUUCUCUAAGAAAUAA